AUGACCAUGAUGAUUAUGAUUACGAUGAUUAUCAUGAUAAUGAUAUUGAUCAUGAUCAUGAUAAUGAUAGAGAAGAGAAAGGAAAAGAAUGCUGAUCCAACGUCAUUUGAUCUGACAUAUUCAGUUCUGCUGACAAGAAACUAUGCCAACAUGAGCAACAACUUCGCCGCUGGGGAACUAUCUGGCGACAGCUGCCACAAAAGCACCAAGGUCGCCUCCCUCGGUCUCACCCUCCACAAUCCCUCUGACAAUCUGGACAAGAAUAUUGUCAAAUCUGUUGAUGAAAAUAGUCUUGUUGGGCAGACGGGAGCAGUCCAUGUUGGUGACGAAGUGCUGGCCGUCAACAAGAUACCACUGCACAGACUCUCGUGUAAACAGGCUGAAGACAUCAUAGAGAACGAGUACUGCAACAAUGAAAACAUCAGUCUGACCAUCAGGAAAUCCGGCAGAAGGAAAACAAGACCUUCAAGAAUUUUUGCUCAAGAGAGUUUUGACAGCGCAGUUGGCUCGCACAAUCCCAGUUUUGACAACGUCAGAUUGUACAACCCAUGCGCUCUCAACAAAGUCACUUCCAGAUCAAAAUUUGUUGUAGAAGCCGAAGUUCACCACUCUCUAGAUGAUCUCGGGACAAACAAGCACCCGACCAAAUACCACCGCCCUCGCAUGGACAGCCCGCAACUGCCCACCCAACAACCGCCUGUUCAGGGAAAAUUUAACGUCGCAUCAAAAUUUGGAGACAAAAAUGAUUCAGUUUGUAAAAAUGUGAAAAUUGAUGUUAACUCUCCAGCCAGAAAUUUAAAAGAGUUUCAUAUCUCACCGGAGACUAGAAAGAACAUCUACCGCAACAUCAAAACUCGAAGCAGGUGCAUGACCAUGGACUUUUACAAACAAAGCAUCGAUGAAGAUGACGACGCUUUUGAUUUCAACGUAAACACUUCUGAAAAUAACGAUAACUCGAGCGUAGAGAAUAAAGUUAAUCAACCGACAACAUUUGAAAGUUCCCUUGACUACAUAGACGAACCAGACAGAAACAUAAUCAGGGCUACAAGUAAAAAAAUUGAAGCUUUAGCAGAAGAUGUUGACGAAAUGUUGGACAUGAUAAAAACCUCUGAACAGUCCAACAAAAACUUUAUCAAACAGCUUGAAGAUGAAGAUGCGAAUUGCGGUCGAGGGGAUGUAGAAAGAUCGGGCGAGAACAUACCUCACCAUGACGACAAUGACAAACAUGAAGAUUAUUUCAUUCGUGAGUUACCCUCAGAGUUGAAAUUGAAAAAUUCACUCGACAGAUUAGAACAUCUUUUGAGAGACAUCGAUGAUGUUUCACUUUUCUACCAGUCUGGCCAAUUUAAUGAUUCGUCUGAUAAAGAUCAAGUUAUUAAAAAAGCAGCCAGCGAUGAUACAAGCGAUGUUGUCAUUGAAGAUGAUUACGAUGAGAAGUAUGUGACGCUGUUGUCAUCGGUCGACCAGGUGCAACCUGCGUCGUCGGCCAACAAAUCCUCGUCGUCAUCACCCUCUGAUAAAAAGUUGACUCAGCUAUUCAAUUUUUUGGAUUUGGUAUCUGAUCCCAAUGAAAAUUUGUGCCAAGGUGAAGAUACGUGGGCAGAAGAUUCUCCCGAUCGGGGUCCUGUCCUUCCUGCUUCUACGUGCAACUCUUCCCAGGCGACCACGUCAUUCUUCUCACCAACAGUUACAAUUCAAACUCCUUCAGCUGGCAUCAUUUCUGGUGACGAAGCGAAAAUAUCCAAUAAUCUCGUAGAUACUGACAAUUCCGAUGAAAAAAAUAUCAUCAUUAUAAACGAGAAAAAUGUAAACAAUAUCAAAAAUCUUGUGCAAUUCUUAAUCGUUAGUUCGUCACUUGGUGGUACAUAUUUUGAAAGCACAAAACUUUCUGCACAGUCUGGUGGUGCAGACACAACCAGCAACACUAACUGUACUUUCAGCAACAAGACAACAAACAACAACGCCGAUGGUGAUGAUAGUGACGAUAACGACGGUAGUGAGUUGUCGAGAGUCACAAAACAUUUGACCUCCAAAACAACGCCACACGUUCUGCCUAUUACCGUAACAAAACAUUUCCACAACAUCACCAUCACUAAGGACGGCAGUGCAAACUUGCCGGCCUCAACAACAAGUUGCUUCUGCUACCUGCCUUACAUAACCUCCUGUUUGGUCGUAACUCCAUUAAAUAGCGACAACAAUGUAACAACCAGUUUGGACAACUUACAUUCCACCGUCAUCCAAAUUUCGUCAUCAGCCAUCCCGUUGCUUCACCCACUCACUUCAUCAUCACCAUCGACGUUAUGCACAUCACCGUUGUUAUCGUCGUCGCUAUUAUCAGUCUCGCAACCGUCGCAGUCGCUGUCGUCGCUUUUGUUUUUACAGUUGCCUUCAUUAAAAUCAACUGCGUCAUCAACCUCAUCUGCACCAUCGUCAUCAACCUCAUCUGCACCAUCGUCAUCAACCUCAUCUGCACCAUCGUCAUCAACCUCAUCUGCACCAUCGUCAUCAACCUCAUCUGCACCAUCGUCAUCAACCUCAUCUGCACCAUCGUCAUCAACCUCAUCUGCACCAUCGUCAUCAACCUCAUCUGCACCAUCGUCAUCUUCAUCAGCGUCAUCUCUACCCAUGUCAACCCCACCAACGUCGUCUCAGCCAUCCUCCUCAACUUCAUUUUCACCAUCGCAAAUACCAUCACAAAGUAGUGAAGAUAAAAAAUGUUCAGUUGCUAGGCAACAUGUCACUGGAAACACUGAAAAUAAACAGAAUAUUUCAGAGUUGCGUGAUAAUUGUAAUCAGCCAUCAAGUAAUGGAAAUGCAUCUCAUUCAAUCGACUUCAGAAAAAAUAAACUUUUAAAUUCUAAUUACUUUUUUAACGCUGAAACAUCUCAACUUAACAGAAGCCAAAACGCUGAGAAAAACAUUCAUGCCAUAGAUCGAGAUAUUAUUCAUCGGAAAGAAGUUUCUGAAAAGAACGCAGAGGCUGCGAUCCCAUUUGACGACAUCGAUGCUAAAAAAGCUAUUGAUAACGUGUUAGCUUUUCCUAAUAUUCAUAAAAAUAAAUUCAGUGGCAUCAUCAAGAAUGACAGCGCUGCAGUUAACAAGAGCCACACUGAUAAUGAAUUACCUCAGGACCUCAGAAGAGACAGCACUCCGUCAAGUGACUAUGAUGAAUGGAGUCAAAUGUUUGAAACGAUAAAAUUUUCAAGCACAGAAAGUUUCACAGAUGAAACUAUUUGCAAUGUUAAGAAUGAACGUGACAGCAAAUUAGUGAACGAUAUUAGCUUAUCACUUAACACGAUUCCAUCUUCGUUUUCGUUCGCACCGCCAUCGUCUGCAACAGCUAAGACGGCUCCGCCACAAUUCGCUCCCAUGCACGAUCAAUCACAGUCUGCUCCAACCAUCAACAAAUCAUCUGAAAAAAUAAUGUCCCACUAUGCUCAGGUAGUUAAAAAUUUAAAGGCCCCACCAAGCAUGGCCGUUUAUGAAGAGAAUAUAAAGAUGGGUGGAACCGCGAAUGAACGUUCUAUAGUUGAUGACGCAGUAAAUUUCAAUCUGAAUAACAGUGAAGUGGCAAUUGUUGGUGAAAAUUGUCGACAUGGACUUCCUAAGAAACGUCUGCAAAAUAAUCACCCCACGCCUCAUCAGCCUCAAAUUAAAACAAGACAACAACGGCAUAAGCAACAACAUUUACAACAGUUCAAACAACAAAAACAAGACUCCCAACAGCUAAAACAUUUUGUUCGACUAUCACAACAAAACAUCACGUCGAGUCAAAACGUGCGAAUAUCACACGUUAACCCAGAAAGGUUAAGUCAAACACCGAUCGAAAUAAUCAGGGCCAUUCUUUCAAAGCGAAAAGAUGCAGAUUCAUUUGGGUUCGGAUUAUCGAAUGGAGUGCAUGAGCCUGGCGUGUUUGUAUGCGGCAUCAUGGCGGGAGGGGCGGCCGAUAAUAUUCUCCAACUAUACGACAAAGUCCUCCAGGUGAACAAAGUGAACAUUAAAAACCUUUCCUCGAAUGAAGUUGUUGAUCUGAUUAAGAAAGCUGGAGAUAUUUUAGAACUCGUGCCAUUAUUGAAGUUCAAACUUAGGACCAGGACGAAAAUGUGGAUAAAAGGAGCUUGUCGAUGA